GUCCGCGGAAGGGGGAUUGCUGUCACAGACAUAGAACCUGGCAACCUCAUUGCUCAUUCAAACCACAACAAGCGGAGAGCAGCUUCUCCAGCGGGUUAGCUAACGCGAGGCUAACUAGCUAACCAACUUUCUCUCUCACUCUUCUGGGUCAGCCGGUCCCUCUGAAGUGCUCCCCUCUACCCAGAGCGUUGGCGUUGGCGUUGCCCUGAGCGAUGGACCGUGGCCGUGUCGGGCGCCACCAGAGGCUCUCAUGUGGGGGGAGAUUAUGAAUGAUAAACUGGUCUUCCUGGGCCUGCUGUACUUCGUCCAGGGCAUCCCAUACGGCCUCCAGUCCUCCCUGCUUCCCGUCUUUCUGCGCGGCGCUGGCCAUUCCCUGACCCGCAUCGGCCUCACCAAGAUCCUGUACUUCCCCUGGGUCCUCAAGGUGCUCUGGGCGCCGCUGGUUGACCGCGUGGGCACCAAGCGCCGCUGGCUGGUGGCCACGGUGUCAGGACUGGCGCUGACAUGCCUCUCCAGCGCCGCCAUGGCGCCAGAGGCCCACAUCUGGGGCGUGGCGGGAACCCUGCUGGUCAUGAACUCCCUGGCGUCCGUCCAGGAUAUCGCCGUGGACGGAGCGGCGGUGGCGUUGUUGAAAGGUCGUGUCGAGCUCGGGCUGGGCAACACGGCACAGGUGGUGGGCUAUAAAGCGGGCUCGGUGUUUGCCGGAGGCGGGCUCCUGGCUGUGAUCGAUGUGGCCGGGUGGAGCUGGAUGUUCAUGCUGCUGACGUUUGUGUAUGCCGGCGUGGCGCUGUUCGUGUGGGGCGCCCCGGUUCUGGACGAAGAGACUCUGAGGGGACCGCAGGUGGAGGGCAGCAGGAGGGGGGGGCAGGAAGUCAUGCGGCCGUGGAGGGUGUGGAGGAAGAUGCUGGCUGUUCCCGGCACGCCGUGGACCGUCCUGUACGUGCUGACCUACAAACUAGGUGAGCAGGGCGCAGUGACCAUGUUUCCUCUCUUCCUGUUGGAUCAUCACAUGACCGCCCGGGAGCUGGGCUUCUGGAACGGCGUCAUCGCCAUGGGCUUCUCCAUCUGCGGCUCGUCCCUGGGGGGCCUGCUGCUCGCUCAGUUCAGCAUCGCCGCUCUGAUGCGACGCGUGUUUGUGCUGCGGACCGUCAGCAUGGUCUUCCAGAGCUCUCUGCUCACCAUACUGGAGCCGUCACCGCUCAUGAAAGGUAUGGCCGUCCUGAGUAUGAGUGUUCAGCACUUCCUAGGCGGUCUCAUCACCACGCUGACCUUCACUACCAUGAUGCAUUGCACUCAGAGGGCCGAGGACAGCAUUCAGGCGACACACUACAGUUUCCUGGCGACUCUGGAAGUUUUGGGGAAGCUGACGUUCAGCGCUCUGGCCGGCGGCAUGGUGGACUGGUUCGGUUACCAAGUGGCCUUCCUGUUCUUCCUGACGCUGUCGGCCGGCACCGCGCUGCACGUGUGGACGGCGACGUUCACCGGCGCUCUCAGGGAACAGGCGCUCAAAGAGCAGCCCAAGUGAGACGGGGACCAGCUCCCAGUCCUCCCUCCCUCUCAUGACUUCUGCAAACCAUUUCAGCCUGUAAAGCUCUCCAAUGAGCUGACUUUCUUGUUCCGCCGUCUUGAAGGAGGAAUCAGCCAUGCGGUUUUUGGUUUUUGGUGCUCUGUCAUGGCGCGCUCACAUCCAGGCCGAGCCAAAAUCUGCGGCGCUUUAACCCUCGUGUUGUCUCCCCGUCGAACAUCGAGCAACUUCUAGUUUUUCUGGGUCAAAAUUUGAAAUUACAAGAUUUUUUUUUCUGGCAUUU